AUGACUGGGUCAGCAUCUGAAGACGACAAGAAGCGGCCUACCGCUCUAAACCUCACACCUGCCCGCUCUCCAUCAACAGGCUCGAACUCAUCCUCGGACAGCUCCCUUAAGCACCCUCGCACACCUCGAUUUGCAGAGGCUACAUCAGUUCAUUCUCCUGUGGAACCAACCCGCUCCCCCUUUGCCGACCCUGAGAAGGCCCAGGUCGUUGUUCAGGCGCAGCCCGCCGAUAUUGGUUUCGGCUACAUCAACAAUGGAGAAUCGCAAGUUCCCAAGACGCCACUGAGGAGCGCCAUGAAGAUUCCCGGCACCCCAGGAAGGAGGUUCGGCAACCCCAUGAGCCCAACAUUCAAUGAGGCAGAGGUCUUGGAGAAGCGUGAACUCGCCACCGACAAAGAACAAGCUCGUGACCUGAAAAUCAAGACUCGAGUCCGCAUGGCCAAGUUUGCGCUUCGCGGCGUGAACUUUAGCUGUUCGCUCAUCAUCCUGUGCAUGCUUUCCUCAACCUUCGCUAUUUUCAAUGCCAGCAAGGGACUUGCUUCCCAGAGCAGCCUGCCACCCUGGGCUGAAGGUACCAAUACCUGGCCUCAGAAGUUGGUCCUUGCAAUGGCGUGUGUGUCUCUGACGGCUUGUAUUAUUGUCUUCAUCACUUUCUUCCGACGUGGACACAAGCGCGCUGAGAAGGUCAACACUUACUACCACAUGUUUGCCAUUGGCUGGUUCAUUUUAAGCUUGGUUCUCUGGGGAGUCACUGCCGCCCUCUAUCAGAAUUCCAGGAACAAUAGCAACAACAAGGACAUGUGGGGAUGGUCUUGCGUCAACAACAAGCGAGAAUCCAUCUUCGAGGACCAGGUCAACUACCAGCUCAUCUGCCGCCUUCAGAACUGGGCCAUGAUCUGCAUCAUUAUCGAGGUCGUCAUCGAGGUCCUCUGCAUCAUCCUCUACAGCGUCGUCUUCUACCGUUACUACACCAAGCGACGCCUCGCCAAGACCAUGGACAACAGAGACCGAGCCCGCUCUGAUCUCUACCUUGCCCAGCUUCGCGCACAAUCUGCUCCCAACACUCCAGGAUUUGGCCCCAAGUCCCCGGCAUUGAGCCAGUACGCCAUGUCGCCCCGUCAUCCUCCGGCUGCCUAUCGCAACCUGACCGACAUUGAGGAGAGCCCAUUUACCCCUGGCGGCAAGCUGCACGAGCCUGCAUCCCAGUUCAACUCUCCCAAGCCCGACUUUAAGCUCCAGGCACCUCCCAAGAAAGCCCCCUCAGCCACCCCCAAGACGGAGCAGUCGCCAUUCACCCCGGUUUCGGGACAGUCACCAUUCAGUCCCACCACUGAGCAAGGGCCCAGCUCAAACAACCCAAACACCACCACAAUCGCCGAUGAUGAGCCCGUAUACGACGCUGUGCCCAUCCCAGGUGCAUAUGCUGGCCAGGCUUACAAGCCCCAUCUGGAGCAGCGUUAA